AGCGACCAAGUUGGCCAUCCUCACAUUCAGUAUUUUUUGCAGAAUUUAUUUGGUGCACAAGCACCGGUAGUCAAUAUAAUUAUAAUUACAUUAAACCACCUAAAACAAGCUGAUCAACCGCAAUCAAACAUCUCAACAGGCUAAUAAUAAACGCCAGAGAGUGGCGCACAUCCGCCAAUUGCUCAACAUCAAGCGAGGAAAACACGGCGGAAAAAUGGAUCUGCUCGACUCAAUACUCAACGCCAUGGAUGCGCCGCCUGCCAACAACGAGCAACAGAAGACGCUGAUAAAGAAACAGCGCGAAAUGUUGGAGCGGAUGCAGAACAAACAGAAGGAGGAGCUCCUCCGAUUCCGAAAGUAUGUAGACGAACGGAUGGGGCGUUUCGCCAAGGACGACAGGCGAUGCAUCGAGUUCCAGCCGCUGGAUAAAGUGCAUCGCUCGGUGAUCCACGAAGUAGCCGAAAAUGGCGGCUUCAUUGCCAUGAGCUUUGGCCGCGAGGAUGUGGACCGACAUUCGGUUGUGUACAAAAAGGAGCACGCUCCUGGCGAGGAUGAGGUCACGGCCCGUCGGAACGGAGACGGCUGGAACGAGGAGAUAGCCAAGGAGUACGCGGAGCGACGACGGGAACGAUUGGCGCAGGAGCAAAGUGACAAAGAAGCCUCCACAUCCGAAGCAGCAAGUUCAGCCUCAUCCACGUCCGCAGCCGCGGAUCAGGACUCCGGCGAAGUUAAGCCCACGACCAACUACAAGGCCAAGUAUGCCCACCUCAUCGGAGAGUCGGCCGCAUUGCAGGCGGCCCGUAAGACGGAGACCAACCAAAGUUACGGAUUCGUGCCCAGCAAGAACAAGAAAGAUGUGCGCUCCAUCGAACAAACUUUGGCCGACAUCCAGGCCAAAAAGCGUCUGCGAUUGGCUCAGCAGCAGGAGCUGGAGCAAGAGCAGCAACCGCAAGAGGCAACCACAUCCACAGAGGACCCAUGAGUCGCCUGGAAACCAAUUAGUAUACAGAUAGCUCACUUAAUGCAAGACUGUCGCAACCAAAAAAAAGGAUUAUAGUUCAUAAAUCAGAAUCAGACAUGACAUGCUCGUCUUGUUCGCUAACUCCUGCUCGAUAACAUCGAUAAUAUUUAACAAAACAGAGCAUUCAUUUUUAGAGGGCCAAAGAUUUAUAAAUUUGUGUAUUUAUACCAUCUUUUUGCUCACAUUAUUCGUAUUUGGUAAAAGGAAAUAGGCUUGAUACUAAUUUUUAUCAUAGGUUAGCUCCAUUAAAUUAAAUGCCCUUUUUUUGAGUAAUGACAGCCUUGUAUCGAGUGAGAUUAGUUUUGUUGAUUCAGAUUAGUCACAUGAAAGGUCUCUGACUGCCAUGUAAAUCAUAAGUAAUAAGCAAUUUCAUUUGUUGGCCAAUUAAGAUCCGAAAGUUGUAAAUGUUUUAAGCAAGUUAUGUGUCCGUAGCAGAGUCCGAAUCGCAAUAUCUAUUUAUAUAAUAAAAACCUAAAAAAAAAAAAACGUCGCAUGGUUCAAAUAAAUCUUAAAAACGGGGCGCCACUCAAAAGUCACAAAAAAAUACAGAAUAUUUCCAUUCCAGUAUUUUUUUGCUCGUCACUUCUUUCUUGUCACGGUGGUGAAGCAGUCACAGUUUGAUGCCAGCCGAGAGCCACAAAACCACGUGUUGCCCAGUUAAAGAAAUAUAAACUAAAUUAGGGACGAUGGCUGAUAGAAAACGCUACAAAAUUUCGCAAAAAACCAUAAAUAAAAAUAUGUCUAAUAGGUGAAAGUUAUAUAGUAACUGAAAGAUGUGCGGAUUACGAGAAACGAGCAAUUCCCUUUGACAGCCCGGCAGCUGUGACCCAAAGAGUCUCACUUUGAGACUUCUGGGGACCAACCAGCAUGGGAAGUUUACGCGAUAAUGCUGAAAAACCUGAUGUCUCUGAGUGAAAACCGAAUAAAGAAGGAUUUGGAUUUCCACACUUAUAAUGCAGAAAAACCUGAUGUCUCUGAGUGAAAACCGAAUAAAGAAGGAUUUGGAUUUCCACACUUAUAAUGCAGAAUAACCUGAUGUCUCUGACUGAAAACCGACAAAAGAAGGAUUUCCACACUUAUAAUGCAGAAAAACCUGAUGUCUCUGAGUGAAAAUCGAAUAAAGAAGGAUUUGGAUUUCCACACUUAUAAUGCAGAAUAACCUGAUGUCUCUGACUGAAAACCGACAAAAGAAGGAUUUCCACACUUAUAAUGCAGAAAAACCUGAUGUCUCUGAGUGAAAAUCGAAUAAAGAAGGAUUUGGAUUUCCACACUUAUAAUGCAGAAUAACCUGAUGUCUCUGACUGAAAACCGACAAAAGAAGGAUUUCCACACUUAUAAUGCGAAAAACCUGAUGUCGCUGACUGAAAAGGAAACCCACGAAAGGAGGAUUUGUACACUUGGCACCCUUUCAUGAUGCCAACAAAGUGAACGGACGUACGGAAAAAGAAUAAUAAUAAAAUUAGGUUUACGAACAUAGAAUGCAAUUUGUGUUUUGCGACAAUUUGAAUUUUUAAAUAUUUUUGAGGAAGUGUUUGAAUUACCAAGGCUCUCUUAAUAAACGCAAUAUUAGGUCUAACACUGACCUACGCCAUCCAA